CUGGUUUGUCCCUCUUGUGUCUCCGUCGGCUGAAGCGCUUACAACAACACCAUAACAACACUCUCGAUUACCAUCAAUAUCAUCAUCCUCAUCAUCGUCAGCUUCUCUCUACUGUCUGUGAUCAUCAACGCUUUAUUUUAUAUCUCUGAUCAAGUGUUUUAAAAACUGACGUAAAAGCCUUUCUUUACCUGCCUGCGAGAUAUUGGGUCUUUCGCAGAUUGAAAACAUCCAUAGUGCCAAAUAGUACCAGCUGUGAAAUGGAUAACGUUUAGAGAUGGAAAAACAAAAGAGUUCUGGUGAGGAGGACGGUUCUUUGGAGACGGGUCUGCUCCAUACAUGGAAGGGAUAUUCCUACAGCACCACACCAGAACGGGUGCUGCUCUCCCGGCCGGUGCUCCAAGCAGCCCUGGGGGCUCGACAUGGUGUUCUGCUUGUAGAAGGGGGGCAGGUCUACAGCUUUGGGGAACUGCCAUGGAAACAAAAUCAAGCGACAUCUGUGGCCACUGAGCCCGUUUUGGAGGCGGUGCUUAGUGAACAGCGCGUUGUUUUUGUGGCUGCUGGCUCCGCCCACAGUGGAGUCGUUACGGAAGAUGGAGGUGUGCAUAUGUGGGGAGAUAACUCUCAUGGUCAAUGUGGCCUUUUGGGACUCUCUGUCAUUCCUAACCCAACACCCGUGGGUGUGGUUGACUCUGAGACCACGCCCUCUCAGUCAGUCAAAAUCCUGGAAAUCGCAUGUGGGGAUCAGCACACACUGGCUCUCUCAACCAAGCAUGAAGUCUGGGCUUGGGGCAGCGGUUGCCAGCUGGGCUUGAACACAUCAACCUUUCCUGUCUGGAAACCCCAGAAGGUGGAGUGCCUGGCUGGAAAGCAUGUGCUGCAAGUGGACUGCGGAGCUUCUCAUAGCCUGGCUUUAGUGCGGUGUCCCCCUUCUCCACAGGAAUCUCGGAAACCCCUUGUAGACAAGUGCGGUCAUUGCCAUCAGCUGCUCUACACUAUGACGGACAAGGAGGACCACGUCAUCAUCUCGGACGGCCAUCAUUGUCCACUAGGUGUUGAGGUGGACAGCGCUGAGGCCAAAUCUGACCCAGAUCAGGGGUCAUUGAGUAAGCAAGGCAGGAACUCUCUUGAAUCAUCCAAUCUCAGCCAGACAAAAAAAUCUCUAACCUCCAGCACUAACCCUGCAUCUACAACUCCACCUUCAAGCACACCUGCCACUGAGUGCCAACAUCAGUCCCUUGCGUCAAGCCAAGAACCUGGAGAGCCAGCCAUGAAAGACUCAGGUGGACUCGGUGGUCCAGCUACUAAUGGAGAGGUUUGUAUUGAAGCCUCAGAGACCACCACCCUUGAGCCGGAUUGCUGUAAAGCCUCAGGGUUGAAGUCUUCUCCGUACCCAGAUGAGCAAGCAGUGAAGGCCUACCUGAAGAGACUUUCUGAUCAUUCCCUGGUGGAGCACACGGCCAAGACCUCGAGCACACUUCACUCAGCUCAGAUCUCCAGUGAUCCUGCUGUGUGUUUCGCCUCCGAGCCUUUUAUCCCGGUUGCACAGUCUGUGACCCCGAUGGGCUCGGCACUGAAUAAUUUGGUGGCGUCAUGUGCCUCUGCAGUAGGGGAGCGUGUGGCAUCCACGUACGAGGCGCUGUCUUUAAGAAAAGUAAUUGGUUACUGGGUUCCUGGUGAGGGGCGUGAGCGAGUGGAAGAGAGACUCCGUCUGGAAGAGCCCAUGCAGGGCAAGAAAAGCUCUAGCCUGGGGGACAUCCGUGAGGAGGAGGCAGAGCUUAGCCGUCGCCUGUCCCUGCCAGGUCUUCUCUCUCAGGUGUCUCCUCGUCUUUUGCGGCGAACGAGUCGUACCCGUGGACGGCCUGUACCGCUCACUUCAGGAGGUAUAUCAGAGUCAGACGCCCACUUGCCAUCUUUGCAGACAGAAGUGUGGAGCUGGGGGCGGGGCCAAGAAGGACAGCUUGGACAUGGAGACCUCCUCCCCAGACCGCAGCCCGUCUGCAUUAAAAGUUUAAAUGGAAAAGAGGUGUUGAGAGUGGCCGCAGGUGCUUCUCACUCUCUUGCCCUGACCACACAAUCACAGGUGUUUUCCUGGGGCUGUAACACAUCUGGUCAGCUCGGACACAUGGAAUCACCCACCAAUUUUCCACAUUUAACCAAGCUGUCAGAGGGGAUUCGUGUGUGGGAUAUAGGGGCAGGACAACAGCACACUCUCUUACUGGCUGAUGGAGAUUGUAUCCAACCAAUCCUGUACUACAGUGGGAAGCAGGUGAAAGAAGAGCCAGAGCAGACAGCAGAGGAGCAAACAGGGAAAUAUACACAACAACCUGUGCUUUUGCCUUUUUGUAUGAAUUUGGGUUAUGUGAGCAGUGUGUGCACGGGUGGACAGACUUGCGCGGCGCUGGCAGACCGUAACGUAAUGGGUUUUAAAAGCAGUCUGCACGAGCUGGCGGCCGCAGAGCGAAAAUACUACUGUAAACUCGGUAACAUCAAGAAUCUUCUGCUACAGCCUCUGCUCAAAUUAGACUCUCUAAGCUCCGCCCUCGGUCAGUCUUCAGGGCUGCUGCAGAAUUUAAUUGGACGAUUAGGUCGUCUGUCUCAGCUCACGGGUCAAAAUUCGGCUUCCCUGACCUCUUUCCUGAGGCGGUCGCGUGACAUCCGAGGUCUUGUUCUUCUUGAUGACGCGCAUCUUUUCCUGGACACGUAUUCAGAGUACUGCUCUGCAGUGGGUGAUUUCUUAGUCAUGGGAGGAUUUCAGGCUCUUGUCAAACCUUGCCAGGAUGUGUUUGGCAAGGGGGCAGAGGUUGUUCAAAAGUUGUCUGAGUGUUCUGAAGAGGGUUUGGCUUUAGCUGAUAUUCUGGCUCAUCUCUUUUACCUGCCCAUCAAACACCUGCAUGAAUACGGACGGCUGCUGCUCAAACUGGCUACCUGCUAUGAUAUGAGCUCUGUGGACUAUCAGAAGUUGCAGGAUGCCUGCUCGAAAUAUGAGUCAAUGGCUCUUCAUCUGAAGAGGAGGAGAAAGGAGGCAGAAUACACACUGCACUUCUGGAAGAGUUUUCCUGGGAAGAUGACCGACUCCCUUCGUAAAGCAUCUCGUCGGUUGGUCUGUGAGAGCAGUAAUAAAGCAUUGACUCUUCAGAACGCAGGCCGUUUCUCAGUCAACUGGUUCAUGCUCUUUAAUGAUGCACUCGUUCACGCACAGUUUUCCACUCAUCAUGUCUUCCCAUUGGCUACGCUGUGGGUGGAGCCUAUUUCUGAGGACAACACUGGCCUGUAUGGUUUAAAGCUGACAUCACCCGAAGAGAGUUUUACUUUGCUGGCAUCAUCCUCAGCUGAAAAGGCGAAGUGGCUUCGUUCCAUAAACCAGGCAGUGGAGCAGGCGCUUAGUGGACUGGGUCAUGAUGGGAUACCUCCUUCCACCGGGUUGACGCAGCGAGCAGAUCCGCCCAUUUCGCGGACGGCAUCAUAUACGUUCUACAAAGACAGUCGGCUCAAGGAGGCCACGUACGAGGGCCGAUGGGUCUCAGGAAAACCCCAUGGGCGGGGUGUGGUCAAGUGGCCGGAUGGAAGAAUGUAUACUGGGGCGUUCAAGAACGGCCUUGAAGAUGGUUUCGGAGACUAUGUUGUUCCAAACAAAAAUCAGAACACCUGUGACCAUUACCAAGGACAGUGGAAAGAUGGGAAGAUGCAUGGAUUUGGGACGUUCAGAUAUGCCUCGGGUGAGGUGUACGAGGGCUCGUUUCAAGAUAACAUGCGUCACGGUCACGGGAUGCUGCGUAGCGGGAAGCUGAACUCCACCUCCCCCAGUGUCUUCAUCGGCCAAUGGCAGUACGACAAAAAAUCUGGCUAUGGCGUAUUUGAUGAUAUCACCAGAGGAGAGAAGUACAUGGGCAUGUGGUCGGAUGAUCAGCGGCAAGGCAACGGAGUUGUUGUUACGCAAUUUGGCCUGUACUACGAAGGUGCUUUCAGCAACAAUAAGAUGAUGGGUACUGGUGUGUUACUCUCAGAAGAUGACACCACAUUCGAGGGAGAGUUUUCAGAGGAUUGGACUCUAAAUGGAAAGGGUGUGUUGACGAUGCCUAAUGGAGAUUACAUUGAAGGUUCCUUCAAUGGGGUUUGGGGAACCGGACUGAAGAUCUCAGGUUCCUACUACAAACCAAGCCUCUAUGACUCAGACAAGGACAAGACUCAUUCACUCAAACUGGGGAGGUUAGCCGUCCACUCGGAGGAAAAGUGGAAGGCCGUGUUUGUGGAGUGCUGGGACAGAUUGGGUUGUGAUUCUCCUGGACAGGGAGAAACCAGUACAGCGUGGGACAACAUCGCUAUAGCACUCACUGUUAACAGAAGACAGCAGCGAGACAGUCCAGAGUUACUGAGUCGCUCUCAUCAUAAAACACUGGAGAGUUUAGAGUUCAUCCCUCAGCAUGUCGGUCCUGUAACUUUAGAAGUCUAUCACACAAUUCGGCGGUAUCUCGUCAAGGCAUGCGACACCCCGCUUCAUCCUUUGGGUCGACUGGUGGAGACGUUGGUUUCUGUGUACCGCAUGACAUAUGUUGGUGUUGGGGCCAACCGCAGAUUACUGCCCCAGGCUGUCAAUGAGAUCCAGUCCUAUCUCAGUCGCAUUUUCCAGCUGGUCAAAUUCCUCUUUCCUGAUCUGCCAGAUGAAGGAGGAUCACUGGCUGAGCCCAGAAAGGAGAAGACUGACACCGACACCACUGGGAAGUUGCUGGAGUCUCCUAAACCUGGGUGUGUGGUGAGCAGUUCUGCUCUCCUCCUGCCGGUUCUUCUGCCUCGUCUCUAUCCUCCUCUCUUCACCCUUUAUGCUCUGGACAAAGAGAAGGAGGACGAUGUGUAUUGGGAAUGUGUCAUACGACUCAACAAGCAGCCAGACCUCGCACUGCUCGCCUUUCUUGGGGUGCAACAGAAAUUCUGGCCUGUGACUGUUACUCUGCAUGGUGAAAAACAGCAGGUUCUCUCAAGCACUAAAGACGCCUGUUUUGCCUCUGCGGUUGAGACACUACAGCAGAUCAGCACAACUUUCACCCCCUCGGACAAGCUUCAGGUCAUCCAGCUGACCUUCGAGGAGAUCACACAGGAAGUACUUGCACUCCUAAAACAGGAUUUCCUGUGGUCUAUGGAUGACCUGUUUCCUGUCUUCCUCUUUGUUGUUUUGCGUGCAAGGAUAAGGAAUCUGGGGUCAGAGGUCAGUCUAAUCGAGGACCUGAUGGAUCCGUGUGUGCAACACGGAGAGCAUGGAAUCAUGUUUACCACCCUUAAGGCGUGCUACUAUCAAAUCCAACAUGAGAAGGUCACAUAAUAAACAAAUCUCUCCAAAGUCAUCUUGUGGUGCUGUGGAAUGAUUGACAAACAGACCAGCCAAUCACAGUUUUCGAUCUGACGGUUGUCUGCCUAAGCCACACGGCCUAUGUGCAAGACUUUUUUGCAAGGAUUUUUAUUUCUAUACUGUUUCAAACAGUUAGCAUUUACUAUUUAUAUUGUCAUGUCUUCCGGUUUCAAACGUUAUUUUAUUUCUGUCAUUCUAUCAAGAUUCUGUGGGUUUUAUUUAAGGAUGGUGUCUUGAAGGAUCAAUGCCUCCGAAGAGACUGCAAUUAAUGUGAUGUCGAAUGUUUUUGUUUGACAAUGCAUGAAGUUCGAAGUCGUCCGACGUAAAGGUUGACAUCUACCUCAGUCUUCGAAGUAAACUACAAUGUAAAACGUAACUUUUCCUGAUAGUAUUGCAGCGUUUAAUUCAAGCAGCACACUGCCUGGGAUCCAUGUGGAAUAUAACUAACACUACAUACUAUUUAGUUCAGCCAAAUUGAAUUUAGUAUUGCAACAGCUCACGCUAUUGGAUGGUUCACACAAUUUUUGUUGAUGUUCUUCUUCUAUGCACAGAAGUUACCAAACCGUGUAUAUUGCGCACAAACAUUUGCUGCGGUUUCCUUUCUGUGUAAUGUGAAGUAUUUUUAUGAUUUUUUUUUUAAUGGUUUCAAACUUUAUUUUUAGGAUGGUGUUUAUUCUGGGCUCUUCUGUAUCUACACGGUCAACAGUGUUUGAGGUUUCGAAUCUGCAACGCUAGGAAAAAAGUUUUGGAAAUCAUUGCAAUGAGCUACAACACUUAAGAUUUGCAUACUAACCUGACCAUGAGGUUUGUUUUUCGCAUUUCAGUUGGUCAUUGUGACACACAUAAGCACUUGUAGUAUUCAUGACUGUACUUUGGUUCUCAACAAAAGUAUGUUAAAAGUGCCUCUGACAGCAGUAUGGAUGUUUAUCUUUAUGUACGUCAAUUAUUCAGCAAUAGCUGUUGAGCCGAGUCUGCUUUUUAAAGCUGCGGCCAGUGGUGAUUGUUUUCUUUUAUUGAUGUUUUAUUUAUUUGAUUUGGUUUGAUCUGGUUGCAGCAAGAAUAAUGGGUCUCAUUCACUAAGCAUGCGUACGCACAAAUUUGUUCGUAAAAUGUGCGUACGGACGUUUUAACUUAAAAAAUCAUGAUUCAACAAAAACUUUCGUACUAAAAUGUAUUUUAAAUGUAUGCAUAAACGUAAGGACAAUUUAGACCACACGUACGCAAUAAUCAUGAACAAGGAAAAAUAUAUAAAAUGUAUAACACAAAUAUAUAUUAUAGGGUUCUUUUUCCUUGUUCAUUAUUAUUGCGCACGUGUUGUCUAAGUUGUUCUUACGUUUUUGCAUACAUUUAAAAUACAUUUUAGUAUGAAAGUUUUUGUUGAAUCAUAAUUUGUAAGUUAAAAUGUCCGUACGCAUGCUUAGUGAAUGAGACCCAAUGCGAGUGAUGUACUGUAGAUAAUCUGUGGAGCAAUUCGCAUAGCAGCAGAAGGAUGGCGAUAUUUAUAAAUCAUCCCAGAAAACCUACUUCCAUGGAUUUUGAACUUGUGAAUGUGAUUGUAUGUAACCAUUUAAACUCUGUGAAACUGUUAUGGCAAAGGACUGUUGAUGUUUACAGUGACUGACAUUUGAGAUGUUGCAUGAAUAUCAUGGUUUUUGUUUUACUUUGGAUACAAUAAGAUAUGGUUUAUAAUUCCGGAUCAGUUUUCCUCUGCUGUGCCAGAAUAUGUACAUUGACCUGUUUUUGAAUGUGUGUGUGUGUGUGUGUAUGAGGUAUCUGUGUCCUUUUUAAAAUAUGAAGAAAAUUAAUAGUUAAAAAUUGAAGGACUAAUAAUUUACUGUAAAUGAAUGGCAAUAAAGCUCUGGAUGAUCAUUGAAA